CACGCUAAACACUCAUCGCUCGUGCGCGCGGCGCCAGUUCGCGAUAGAGGUAAUCUCCAGGGAAACGGGCACGUUCGAAAUGAGCGGUACCGGUCAGCGACUUUAGAGGAGGAGAAAAAAAAGAAAGGAGGUGGAGAGAGAGAGAGAACAUAGAGAGAGAGAGAAAGGACAGUAGUGUUGAGGAUGAGUCUGGAGCCAUUUGGACCUUGAGGGCGGCGCUUCUUCUUGUCUUGUCUAAGACCUGAUUGUCCCUGGACUGAUCAAGGAGCACCUCCCCCUUCCACCCUGAGUGUGUGUUAGUGUUAGUGUUAGUGUAAGUGUGAGCUGCUGUGUGAACCGGCCCGAUGAUCCGGCCCGGCUGCAGUCCCCCCGUGCUCUGAGCUUCAGUUGGACGGCGUGCGCUCGGCACUGAGCACUAAGAUGCAUUGGGUCACUCUGCUGCUGGCUGGCGUCACUUUCUGGGGCAGAGUGUCCGUGCACAGCUGCUUAGACUACGAAGAUUCGUACGACUAUUAUGAAGAGGAGAAAACGGACACCAUAGACUACAAAGAUCCCUGCAAGGCUGCGGUGUUUUGGGGAGACAUUGCCUUGGAUGAGGAGGAUCUGAAGAUGUUCCAGGUGGACAGGACGAUAGACCUCGCACAGCACACACACCUGAGACAAGGACAUACGUCAGGUGGAUUGGAAGAACACGACUUUACUAAAAAAAGAAGCUCCUUAUACCUCCUGCUAGACAGAAUACGACGACUUGGGUCUGAUUCCUCGCCUAAGAACUCCAGUAAGGAGGAGAGUUCGCGGGCUGGCCCGUGGAGUGGGAGCACUGGGGGAAAUGGGGUCAGAGGUAGGGGGGUUAGAGGGGGUAAACCGAGGGUCCCACGGGCCGCCACCUCCAGAGCAGAGAGAAUCUGGCCGGGGGGAGUCAUCCCCUACGUCAUAGGAGGCAACUUUACUGGCAGUCAAAGGGCAAUGUUUAAACAGGCAAUGAGACACUGGGAAAAACAGACCUGUGUGACAUUUAUCGAGAAAACUGACGAAGAGAGCUACAUUGUCUUCACCUACCGACCCUGCGGGUGCUGUUCCUACGUGGGUCGCCGCGGUAACGGGCCCCAGGCCAUCUCCAUCGGUAAAAACUGUGACAAGUUCGGCAUAGUGGUUCACGAGCUGGGUCAUGUGAUCGGAUUCUGGCACGAGCACACGCGACCCGACCGGGACGACCACGUGACCAUCAUCAGAGACAACAUCCAGCCAGGUCAGGAAUAUAACUUCCUGAAGAUGGAGCCCGGAGAGGUCAACUCUCUCGGGGAGCCGUACGACUUCGACAGCAUCAUGCAUUACGCCAGAAAUACCUUCUCCAGGGGGAUGUUUCUGGACACGAUCCUCCCGUCGCGCGAUGAGAACGGCGUCCGGCCUGCUAUUGGCCAGAGGACUCGCCUCAGCAAAGGGGAUAUUUCACAAGCUAAGAAACUCUACAGAUGCCCAGCAUGUGGCGAGACGCUGCAGGACUCCAUGGGGAACUUUUCAUCGCCUGGUUAUCCGAACGGAUACCCGUCAUACACACACUGUGUGUGGAGGAUCUCGGUCACACCUGGAGAGAAGAUAGUGCUCAACUUCACCACGAUGGACCUGUACAAGAGCAGCCUCUGCUGGUACGACUACAUCGAGGUGCGGGAUGGAUACUGGAGAAAAGCCCCUCUCCUAGGCCGUUUCUGCGGCGAUAAGGUUCCAGAAAUGCUGAUCUCCACCGAGAGUCGGAUGUGGAUUGAGUUUCGCAGCAGCAGUAACUGGGUGGGGAAGGGCUUUGCUGCUGUUUAUGAAGCGAUUUGUGGAGGUGACGUCACUAAGGACUCAGGCCAGAUCCAGUCUCCCAACUACCCGGAUGACUACAGACCGUCAAAAGAGUGCGUGUGGAGGAUCACAGUGUCGGAGGGCUACAACGUGGGUCUCAGCUUUCAGGCUUUUGAGAUCGAGAGGCAUGACAGCUGUGCUUACGACUACCUGGAAGUGCGUGACGGCCUGUCUGAAAGCAGCCCUCUGAUUGGCCGGUUCUGUGGCUAUGACAAACCCGAGGACAUUCGCUCCACCUCCAACACGCUGUGGAUGAAAUUCGUCUCAGAUGGGACGGUCAAUAAAGCCGGCUUCGCCGCUAACUUCUUCAAAGAGGAGGACGAGUGUGUGAAGCCAGAUAACGGAGGCUGUGAGCAGAGGUGUGUGAACACGUUGGGAAGCUUCAAGUGCGCGUGUGACCCUGGAUACGAACUGGCCCCGGACAAAAAAAGCUGCGAAGCUGCCUGUGGGGGUUUAUUGUCGAAGCUGAAUGGAACGAUCACCACCCCAGGCUGGCCCAAAGAGUACCCCCCCAAUAAAAACUGCGUGUGGCAGGUGGUCGCCCCCACCCAGUACCGCAUAUCCAUGCAGUUUGAAGCCUUCGAGCUGGAGGGGAAUGAGGUGUGUAAAUACGACUUUGUGGAGGUGCGGAGUGGCUUGUCUUCGGACUCCAAGCUUCAUGGGAAGUACUGCGGUACGGAGGUGCCCGAGGUCAUCACCUCCCAGUACAAUAACAUGCGCAUCGAGUUCAAGUCCGACAACACCGUCUCUAAGAAAGGCUUCAAAGCUCACUUCUUUUCCGAUAAGGACGAAUGUUCUAAGGAUAACGGCGGAUGCCAGCACGAGUGUAUCAACACCAUUGGCAGCUACGUGUGUCAGUGCCGCAACGGCUUCGUACUGCACGAAAACAAGCAUGACUGCAAAGAAGCUGAGUGUGAACACACAAUCCACAGCCCAAGUGGUACCAUCAGCAGCCCCAACUGGCCUGACAAAUACCCCAGUAGAAAGGAAUGCACCUGGGACAUCACAGCGACGCCAGGUCACCGCAUCAAAAUCACGUUUAACGAGUUCGAGAUCGAGCAGCACCAGGAAUGUGCGUACGAUCACCUGGAGGCCUUUGACGGCGAAUCGGACAAAUCGUCUAUUCUGAGUCGCCUCUGUGGAAGCAAGAUCCCGGAACCUCUUAUCUCCACCGGCAACAAGAUGUACCUCCGCUUCAUCUCUGACGCCUCAGUACAGCGCAAGGGCUUCCAGGCCACACACUCCACAGAGUGUGGAGGCAGGCUGAAAGCAGAGGCCCGGCAGAAGAACCUGUAUUCUCAUGCCCAGUUUGGGGACAACAACUACCCAGGCCACACGGACUGCGAGUGGUUGAUCACGGCCGAAGCUGGUUACAGCAUCGAGCUGACCUUCACCACCUUCGAGGUGGAGGAGGAGGCCGACUGUGGCUACGACUACAUCGAGCUGUAUGACGGCCACGACACUUCAGCCCACAAACUCGGACGAUUCUGCGGCUCUGGGCCUCGUGAAGAACUGUACUCGGCGGGCGACACCGUGUUGAUUCACUUCCACAGCGACGACACCAUCAGCAAGAAGGGCUUCCACAUCCGCUACACCAGCACCAAGUUUCAGGAGGCGCUGCACAUGCACAAGUAACGCUGUCGCACAUGCACUCGCACGCAUGCCACCUCCAACGAGAAGGGAACGAAACGGAACAACACCAAAGGAGCCGUCGUACUACCGUCCCGAGGAAUUUCAGCCAAACCCUCGAUCGCCACGAUUCCCCGCACUGGAUUUACCUCCUCGCAUCCUUCCACGUCCGGACACGUUUGAGACUGCUGCCCAUUGGACUCUGCAAGCUCCAAUCAGACGCCCCUGAGACUCGGGGAAGCUCCGCCCACAGAUGCUUGAUUGGACAGAAGUGGUUGGGGGCUGUGUUGCUCUCUGACUGGGGCCAGUAUCACACACUCCUCUCUUCAUUUACAUAUAUAUGUGUAUACUAUAUACAGUAAUAUAUCUGCGAGACGGUUCUGAGCAGAUUCCAAGCUGCACUCAUCUCUACGUGAAGACAGACAUUAAGAAAUGAAGAGUGGGGACAUUUACUAUAAGCCUGUGAAAGAGUGUAUGUUUGUUUGUUUGUGUGUGUGUGUGUGCAAGAAAAAGAAAGUGCGUGUGUGUGUAUGUUUACGUGAGUGUGUAUUUACGCGAGUUUUAUAUUCCUAACUUUACAAGUUCAAGACGACAUGGAAAGCCUGCUUCCAAGAAUUUGAGCUGCUGUUGCCACACUAUACCUCAGCUAAAAUGUGUUUGUGUGUGUGUGUGUGUGUCGAAAGCGUGUGUGUAUUGGUGUGCAUAUUCUCCUUUAGGCAUAUGUGUGUGUGUAAGUGAUUGGAUUUAGGGUUUCCUAUAAGACACAAGAAACAAGGGGAAUGGAUGCUUUAUCGCUUUAAUGUUACGUACUGUGUGUAAUUGUGACUGUUUACAUGUGUGUGUAUGUGUGUGUUUGUGUGCAAUGAUGAAAUGCAAGAAUACUGAUAUCGCUAAAACCCUAAAUCAAAUCUAAAUCGGUUAGACUAAGACGCUGACACUAUGACUCAAGGAUCAUGAGUUGGUCAUCAAUGCUUCGCCAUCAGCAGCCGGAGUCUGAGAGAGCACAGUUGACCAUUGCGCCCUCUGGGUGGGUAGAUGGCGCUCCCUCCCCUCAUGAGUACCAUUGUGAGGCUGGUCAGCACAGGCAUCUGACCAUGAUUUCCAAUGGUCAUUUUCCUUUGUUAUCAGCAGCCGGAUUCCAAAGGGGGCACAGUGGACCAUUGCUCUCUCUGGGUGGGUAGAUGGCGCUCUCUCCCCUCAUGAGUCCCAACGUGAUGUUGGUCAACACAGGAAUCUGACCGUGAGUUCCAACGGUCAUUUUCCUUUGUUAUCAGCAGCCAGAGUCCGAGAGAGCACCAUUGCUCUCUCUGGGUGGGCAGACGGUGCUCUUGCCCUUAGGCUAGGAGAUUGGAAAUCCUCUAAGCUUUCUUUGAGCAGAUUGGUAGCUGCCUAAUGACAAUGAAUUGGCUCUGCAGACUAAAACUCCAUCGUGCGGUCAGUUGACUUCCUUGGGUCAUUCUGCUUCGCCAUCAGCAGCCGGAGUCCGAGAGAGCACAAUUGACCAUGCUCUCUAUAGGAGGGUACAAUAGUUGGCGCUCUCUCCUUCAUCACUCUUACUGUGAUGUUGGUUGGAAUGAGUAUCUGUUGGCUGAUCAAUCAGUGCUGGGAAUCUUCUUAAUCAUCUUGAUCAUUUUGAGUAAUUUGAGCUUAAAAUAAACACAAGUAGUAAUAAAUCAGUCAAUUAAUCAAGUUAUUCUGAUUGAUGUGUCCAAAUUUAAGGCAAAAAUUGACUUCACUCAUUUUGAGACUUUGCGAUUUUUAAAAAAAGAAAUCUUACUUAGAAAAAUUUGCUUAUCCUAUUGGCAGAUAUAAGCAUAUACGUCUUAAUUUAAAGAUAUUCUGUGGAGUGACGAAUCAUGCUUCUCUGCCAGGAGGACAGUACUUGUCUGACUGCAUUGAGCCAAUUGUAAAUGCUAUGCUAUGAGGUUGUUUUUCAACUAGACUCAGACCCUUAGUUCCAGUAUAAGGACCGCUUAAUGUCUUUGUUGGAACAGUUUGGGGACGUCCCCUUUGUGUUACAACGUGACCAGAAAAUAGACUUUCUUUAAAUAAAUCUUACUAAGAAAAGAUUGCUUACCCCAUUGGCUUACUCCACAUUUAUUUGUUUUGCUGAAUGUAAUAUGUUAAUUUACAUAUAUUCUGUCUAGUUUUUUUUCCAAUGGAUCUUUUUUUUCAGUGCCCUAGGCACAUUGGUAGCUGCCUAGUGACAUUGAAUUCAUUUAAGUCUCUGCAUACUAGGUCAUUUACAAUUUUCCUUCGUUAUCAGCAGCCAGAGUCUGAGAGAGAGCACAAUUGACCAUGCUCUUUCUGUAUUGGUAGAUGGCGCACUCUCCCCUUUAUGAGUCCCAUCAUGAUGCUGGUGAGCACAGGCAUCUGUUGGCUUAUGUAUCAGAGCUGGGAAUCCUCCAAACCUCCAAACCUCUGAGUGCUGCAUUGGCAACAGUUGGCUAUAGGUGAUGAUCUUGACUCGUCCUGAUCUUCCUUGUGUCGGAAUUAUUACAAGUAAUGCAGGGAGAGUCCUAUUGAGUGGGUGGGUUAAUUAGGGAGAAAUUUUUUGUUUUUUUGCAAGUUGCAAGUGUGUGUGUGUUUGUGAGAGAGAGAGAAAGUGUGUGUGUGUACUGUAUGUCUAUGUAUAUGAGUGUAUGCAAGUUCAAAGAGAGUUGAGUUUUUCUCAUCCGAGGUUGCAGUGGACUAAAAAGUGCAAAGUGUAAACUGGAAGCAAAGCCUUGUGUAUAAAAAAAAAGUGCUUGUUACGGUUGUGAUGACUACCCGCCCCCUCCCCCAACAUACACAAACCUACUGUACUACAACCCCCAUGAUCCCGUGCGCUUAACAUGCACUUAACACAGAGGGAGCGAAAACGGAACAGAAAAUGAAAAAAAAAAGACUGUUUUUUCGACCUUUUGUGCUCACUAAACGAACUGACGCUUUCCAACCAGUGGGCUUCGCGACGAACAAUACGAGCGGACUGAGCUUUAAAAAGCCAACUCGUUCGCAGGGAACUCAGCAACUUUUACUACUACUACUAGAGCGUCCACUAGGACGACGCCCUGCAGCCGGAAAUCCUUUUUGAAGAAAGAAAAGACGGCAAGGAGACGUAAAGGCAAUCGCUGCAGAAGGGAACUAUCCUAAUAUCAAAAUGGUGCUACUCGAUGUUUCAGAACUACAAAUCCCAUAAGGCAACGCUCCGGCCGCUCGGCGUGUGACGGAGAGGUGGAGUUGAGGGGAAAAAAAAAAAAAAACGCUGCUUGAAUAUUGGAACACGACCCAUUCUCAACAUUGACAAUGCACCACUGUCAUGGAAAAAAAAAAAACAACAACUAUUGCCUUAGAACCAAAAUCUAUAUUCUUGCACAUGACUAUGUUUAUGUAGAUAACAAUCUUUGUUGUUGUCAUUGUUUGUUUGUUUGUUUGUUUAAUUUCUUUUUUUUUUGCUUUGAUUUUUUGGAAUUAUUAAUGUAUUUUAUUUGAUAUUGAGUUUCAUGAACUUGAACAUUCAUCGUAAAAAAAAAAAGAGAGAGACUGACCUGAAAUUUCCCUUCUUUUCCUGCACACAAAUUUACACACAUAUACUUAUAUACACACACACACAUAGGUGCAAACAGUUCCUUUUUGAGGGGAUGCGCUGAUCUGGAUGCUAGAUUACAGUUUGCAAUAAAAAAAACGAGUGUCUGACGAGUAAGAUAAUAUAUAUAGACAGCUCUGGAAAAAAUAAGAGGCCACUUAAAAAUGAUGAGUUUCUGGAAUAUAAUCAAGAGGAAGAUGGAUGAUCACAAGCCAUCAAACCAAACUGAACUGCUUGAAUUUUUGUGUAAAGCAUAAAGUUACCCAAAAGCAGUGUGUAAGACUGGUGGAGGAGAACGUGAUGCCAAGAUGCACGAAAACUGUGAUCCAAAACCAGGGUUAUUCCACCAAAUAUUGAUUUCUGAACUCUUAAAACUUUAUGAAUAUGAACUCUGAGCUCUGCAUCUUUUUUGUUUUUUCAGCCAUUUCUCAUUUUCUGCAAAUAAAUGCUCUAGAUGACAAUAUUUUUUAUUUGGAAUUUGGGAGAAAUGUUGUUCGUUGUUCGUAGAAAAAAAACUAAAAUUUUCAUUUUACUCAAACAUCUACCUAUAAAUAGCAAAAUCAGAGAAACUGAUUCAGAAACUGAAGUGUUCUCCUAAUUUGUCUAGAGCUGCCAUUCCAGCUGGUCACAAAAAUGCUUGAUUGGUCCCUGGGAAACCCUUGCUGUAUGUGGGUGAGCAUUAUCCUGCUGAAAAAUGCCAGUGGAAAGCCCUCCCAUAAGAUUCAACACACAUGACCGCAUGAUGUGCAUCGUAAAGGCAUGUCUAGCAGUCAGCGGUCUCUCACCAGGAGGUGCACUACUCAAAAGAGCCUUUUUAGUAACAGAAUGUUGAGUAUGGCAGCAAUCCAGGGUGCGUAACUGUUUUAUUUUGUCAUUGAGUGAAUAUACUGUGUGUGUGUGUGUGUGUAUAUGAGUGUGUGUGUGUGUGUACCCUACACACCCAUGGCUCCGUGACUUUUUUUGACUGUUUUUUGGUGUGAGUAUCUCUUCAUGUGCCAAGGUCCUGUCUUCCCCCGUUCACCUCCUUAUGAAAUAUGAAAUAUGAUUUUCUCCAGCUGUCUGUAUCUGCCUGAUGAAAAAAAAAAAAAGAUGACCCUCAUUCUACUGGUGAUUAAACUCAUGUCAGGUCAAAGA